CCGACCCGCUCCUUUGCUCGCUCGCUCGCCUCCUCCUCCUUCUCCUUCUUUCCUUCCCUCCUCCUUUCCUUCUCCUUUCCCCGCCUCCUUUCUCCGUCUCUAUAUAUACUCCGCGGCGUUGCAAACGGGGCUGGAGCAGAGGCGGUUGGGGUUGGGAGCCAGAGGGGAGGAAAGAGGAGAAACUCACCCAACCAGCUGGGAUAUCAUCAUCAUUAUUAUUAUUAUUUUUGUAUUGUCUAUUCUAUUGAAAGCAAAUCGAUUGUUUUUUUUUUCUUCCAACCUCUCUGUUUUAUUUGCUCGUUUGGUGGGCAUUGAGGAGGGACAGCUCGCUCUCGGUGUCUUUAUUUUGAGGGGUACCAUGAAGGCGGUGAGUCCCGUCCGGCACCCGAAUAGGAAGGCGCUGGCUAGCGGCUGCUGUUGUGGAGGCGGAGGAGGAGGAGGAGGAGGCAGCGAUGGAGGCGGAGGAGGAGGAGGAGGCGAUCUUCCCUUGGGUUUCCUCUCCGAUCCGGGCUGCUUGAAGGGAAACGAAGUGGACGAGCCGGCCGCGCUGUGCCUCCAGUGCGACAUGAAUGACUGCUACAGCCGCCUCCGGAAGCUGGUGCCCACCAUCCCGCCCCACAAGCGGGUCAGCAAAGUGGAGAUCCUCCAGCACGUCAUCGACUACAUCCUCGACCUGCAGCUGGCCCUGGAGACGCACCCGGCCCUCCUUCGGCAGCAGCAGCAGCAGCCUCUCCCGCAGCAGCCUCCCCAACAGCAGCAGCAGCAGCUCCUUGCGCCCCACCAAGCGCCCAGGACCCCGCUCACCGCCCUCAACGUCGACCCGGCUGCCGCUGUGAAUAAGCAAGGGGACAGUAUCCUGUGCCGCUGAACUGCAUUUCUAAGGUGUGCGGCAGGCAAAUCCUGAGCCAGAGAAGCAGAAAGAAAGAAAGACACAUUAGAGAGGGAGGGGGAAAAAAGAAAAAAAAAGCAAGAAAGAAAUCUCAGCCACUGGGCAAAAAGGAAAAAAAAAUCAACUACUCCAGAAUUCUUUCCAUACUUCCUUUAGAGAGAAAGAGAGGAGAAAUUUUCACGACUUUGCACGUUCAUAGCAUUUUACACACGUGUCUCUUAAUUCUUUUGGUUGUUUUUUUUUCUUUUUAGAUCAGAUGUGAAUUGUAUUCUUGUCUGGGAGGGAGGGGGUUUGAACUCUUCAGCAUCCAUGUGGCUCUUCUGUUGGAUAGAGAAGAUCAAGGACACACGGGGAGGGUAGAAGUUUUAACUUUUAAUGUGCUGAGCAGCUGAAAUCCGAAGCUUUACUAAUCUACCAGAGGCAUUGUAGAUAACUUUGGUUCGGACAUCUAUUGUUUAAAAUAGAUGCUUUUAUUGUUUCCUCGGGGACUUUCUUCUCCCCGAAGGAGUGUUACAUAUUGUAUAGAUUAAAGAGAAGAAGAAAAAGAAGAAGAAAAGGAAAAAAGUGACAUUUCAUACUAUGUAUAUACAGAGAGGUUCUAUAAGUGUAAGUGAGAAAAGUAUAUGCUUUAAUAGACCUACUGUAAUUAUAAAAUAUUUUUAAUUAAAUAUUUUUUUGUAAAUAUUAUAAAGUUGUGUAUGUUUUCUUUUGAAAUCUGUGGGAAUACUUUAGGCAGAAUUGUUUUCUGGCUCGAGUGCAGAACUGCUGUCAAUGAAAAUAUAUUGGAUGCUGAGGGAUGUCUUUGGUGGGUGUUUGUCCCACCCGUCCCUCCUCACUCCCUUUUCAAUUUGGAAGCUACAGCCGUAGGUAGAAUUGAGUCAGUUCCUGCAUGAAUGCAUGCAAUAUCUAACCGCAAAUAAACUUGUUCUAUCCAUACCAAUGUGGGUUUAUCCCCCUCUUUUGAUUCAAAUUGAAAAUAUGUUUGUAGCAUACGAUUUUGGAACAACUUUUUUGUCUGUUGGGCACUGAGGUUUAUAUUACAGAAUAUGCGAAACCGCAUUGAGAUGUCAGAAAUUUAUUUGUUCUUUACUGAGAUUGCUACUUUUUUCCAAUAUGGGUACAGUGCUGCGGGAUAAUGAACAUUUAUUUUCUAAAAAAUGAAAAUUAUCACAAAACAUGGACCACUUUUAUAACACCCAAGGGGACACUGGACCCCAGAAUUUAGCCCUGUGGCAUAUUACCUUGGAAAAACAGUAAAAAAAUGUUUUCUGCUUCUAACCAAAGGGCAAACUAUCAACAAAUGUACAGUCACUGUUUCAUCCAAAGACUAUUGAUACUGAAACAUGGAGGGUAGGGAGGGAUAACAGGGAACAUUUCAGUCUGAUUACUGGUGUAAGUCAAUUUCAAAAAACUUACGUAGACCAAAAACAAAAUCAGAUGACUGUAUCAAAAUUAUUUUUCUAAUAUACAACAGCCUUCAUUUCAUUGCAACUCUGUUACAUCUGAAAAUCCUGUUCAGUCUCUGUUAUGUGUAACUUCUACAUGUGAACAUUAAACUAGAUUGACGUGC